AAACAAUGAUUCCUCCGGGGGAAUGCCUCUAUGCUGGGAGGAAAAGGAGGAAACCCAUUCAGAAACAAAGGCCUGCAGCUGGAAAUGAAAAAUCAAAUCCUUCAAAGAGGCACAGGGACCGCCUGAAUGCAGAACUAGACCACCUGGCCAGCCUCCUGCCUUUCCCACCCGACAUAAUAUCCAAGCUGGACAAGCUGUCUGUGCUGCGCCUCAGUGUCAGCUACCUACGAGUCAAAAGUUUCUUUCAAGCCAUUCAAGAAAAGCACUUUAAGAAGCAGGUUGGUCAGACAAUAAAAGAAGACAAUGUAUCUAACAAGACUGCUGUCCAAGAAGGCGGACUUCUACUAGAGUCGCUGAAUGGUUUUGCAUUGGUGGUGAGUGCAGAUGGAAUGAUAUUUUAUGCGUCAUCAACGAUUGUGGACUACCUAGGGUUUCAUCAGACUGAUGUAAUGCACCAAAACAUAUAUGAUUACAUUCACGUUGAUGAUCGCCAGGAUUUCUGUAGACAGCUGCACUGGGCCAUGAAUCCUCCUCAGAUGUUGUCUGGACAGCAAUUACAGACAGAAACAGGAGAAGAAUAUAUUCUCAGUAAGUUGUUUAAAGCACAAGAGAAUGACAGCACGACAACAGAUUAUUCUUCCUUCUUAACUCGUUGUUUCAUCUGUCGAGUUCGCUGCUUGUUGGACAGUACUUCUGGCUUCCUCACAAUGCAGUUUCAAGGCAAACUGAAGUUUCUUUUUGGACAAAGGAAGAAGUCCUCAUCGGGAGCAGUAUUACCGCCUCAGCUGUCCUUAUUCUGCAUAGUGGUACCACUUCUUCUCCCUUCUGUGACAGAGAUGAAGAUGAAAAGCCUACUUGUGAAAGCAAAACACAAAGCUGAUGAUGCAGCAGUGAAUACAAACUCCAGUUCCAAAGGCAAUCCGGGUCUGUGUGAAGCAGAAGAAUUAUAUGGAAGAAAUAGUCAUCAUGAAGGUGCAGCUUUCACUAAUGUAUUACAGAUUACUGAAAACCAAUUCAAAGCGAAGAAUAAUGGAGAAAAUGGCAUUUCUCUAGUCAAAGUACAAACAAAUGAAGAUCACUGGGUCUGGGUUCAAGCUAACACUCAACUUCUGUAUCGAAGUGGUUGUUCAGAAUAUGUUGUUGCCCAACAGCAAAUGCUGAAGGAAGAAGAUGAACAACUGAAGAUACCAAACAGUUUUGCCAGUUUGAAAGGAAACCUGGAGGGACUUUCCUACAACAGUGCCAUUGAAACCCUGGGCCAAUUGAAGCAUCUCAACUGGACAGCAGUAAAAAAUGAGCAAGAUAAUGUAAAAGUGAAGUUUGAGCCUCAUACGAAUGGUGAGUGUUUCGUGCAGGAGGAAUCUCUCAGUUCUAAUACACCAGUUUUAGGCGUUCAAAACAACUGCACCACAAACAGUAGCUGGACUUACAGAAACUCAAGCUCUUGUUCUGUAAAUCAGCGAAUGAAUGCAUGUUCAAACAGAAGAGCUGGAUCAUUCUACAACAGAGACCAAAAUUUCUUAAAUUUAGCAUCAACUUGUCCUUCCCACUGGGGUAGUGCAGAAAAUUGCCAGUCUUACUCAGGCUUACAGCAGCGUGCUGUGGAGAACUAUGCUACAGACCACCUGAAACUGCAGAGAUCAUUAAUAUCCUCGGAGUCUCUCUAUGAUGCAGCAUUUCCUUUGGAUAUGCCUAUCAAAACAGAAUAUGAUUCUGAUUCUGAAAACAUUGCUGAUAACUACCCAGUGCCACAAAACCGAGCCUGGCUGGAUGAGAACGGCGCCAUGAGGAAGCAGGUGUUCAGCUAUCCCAAUAGGGUGCACCUUAAAACAGAACCGGACCUCUGUCAGCAAGCUUCACCUUGCCAGAAGCCAAGGCACUGCCUUUACACACCACAUAACUGGCAAUGCAUUGUAGCAAAUCAUCCCAGCAACCUCAAUCUGAACAGAUCUUGCAAGGGUUUGCGUAACAGAGAGGUGGCCCCGUUUUGUCCCCAGAACUCCUCCACCUGCUUGGAAAGCCUGUCCGAGCUGCCGCACACCGAGAGCUACGGCCAGUUCUACAGCUCUGCAUCAGGGGAGGAGAAGGAGCAGAGUAACGAGGUGUUUAAAAUGCCGUAUGAAUUUAAAAACCCUUGCUUGGUUCAAGCAAUCAAGCGUGAGCCCCUGGAUUCCCCACCGUUGUCCAACAGUGGGCAGAACAGAGCACACGUGAGCUUCCCUGAAAAUACAAUAGCAGGUCCUGUGCCUCAUAAAGCCACUGAAUGUACAUUCUUACAAUAGAUUUUAUAGCAUUGGGAAUAUUUAUAAUGUUAAAAGCAAGAAGAAAUUGUAGCUAAACUUCCAGUUGGGUUAAAUGAGUUACUGUAAUUAAAAACCAAUGGAAAGAUAUUAAGUGUGUGUGUGCAUGUGCUUCUGUGUGUGGAGAAAAAACAGACACAGAUGCACACUCACUCCCACACACGUCUUUACACAUAGCCAUUCUCUUAGUGCUCUUUGGAAAGAAAGAAAGACAAAACCUCAGAUACAGAAAAAUAAUCAGAAAUUAUUGCACAGGUGUACCUGCUAAUGUGUCUUCAUCAUUUUUCCUCUCCUGUCUGCAGUUCUGUAACAAGAUGUAGCUAUUUCUGUUUUUUGCCUUUGCUCUUUUUCCUCAAGCUGAUGCGAUGCCUCUGUGAAAAGACAAAAUGUUUAUGGUGUUCAGUGUGGCCAGGAGUUUACCUUCAGAGUUAUUCAUUUCUAUUUUUAGCCACGCUAAUAAGUAUCAGCUAUUCCUUUAUCUCAACACUGAGUUAAUGACAACAGGCAAGGGCUUCCCAAACACACAGAGUAUUCUUGAUUUAAAAGGACAGCAUUAAAUGAAAACAAAUAACAUUCACAAAAUGCAUUAGAAGUUAUUGCACUUCAAACUAAGUUUUUUCCUAUGUUUCCUAGGCAAUAAUAAUGCUUUAGUACACAUUUUUCCAGUUUAAAGACAUUAGCCUUUCAAGUUACUGUUUGAAAGACUGGACAAUAGGAUGUUAUCCACUUCUUUAAAUGAGUUACAAAAGGCUUCUAAAUGUACAUGAGAAGAAAAUAUUUCACCAGUUAUCUUCCUUGCCUUUACUUGUAACAUUAACAAAAGAAAUGCACUUUUAAAUGUCAUGGUAUCUCUUCGACUGAUAGCAGCCUGUUAGUCAUUGUCAUCUGACAUCAAAACUCAAGUCCCACACUAAGAUUAGAAACAUUUUUUAAAAAGCAUCCUCAUUUCAUCUCCUGAAGAAAAUCUUAAUCUCACUGAGAGACGACUGGAUUUAUGACUUUCAAAAGCACUUUGGUGCACUUCUGUGCUUUUGAAAACAGAUCCAUAUGCUUUCUUUUGAAGCCAGAUAGUCACGUAUUUCCAUUUAAAAAAAAAAUCUACAACUUCAGUUUUGGUUGUUGUAGUUUGACUCCUGCACUAAUUUUGUUUUAAAAUUGCACUGUUUCAACUUUAUAUCACCUUCAACUAUAUAAAACUCAUAUCAUUAAGAAAACAAACAGCUAGAUGUAUAUGUGCUUUUUUUGAAGAACCCCUAUAGUGAAUGUUUUAUUUUUCAGAAUGUUAUAAAUAAUUCUGAUGUCUUCAUUCCUUCUAGCUACCAUGGGUAUGGCUGUGCACAUGCCAGUGAAGUGGCAUAAAUUUCUCCCUAAUGCUGUAAGUGGUGUAAGUGCAGUUUUCAGGUAGGGGAAUAGUUUUGCACAGGGAGUGGCACCUGGGAGGCUGCUCUUCUCCAAGUCUGAUAGAAGUUACUGCCUGCACGUUAGAGUUGGCAGAAGUAAAUACACGCAUUCUUUGCAUGUCAGUUCAGCUUGCAAACAGUGGUUUGAUCUGAAAUGCUGCACUUUACACAGAAAUGAAACUUUUGAUGGUCAUCCUGCAUAAGGACAUAUUCCCAGCAAAAAGGCAAGAGUAGAUGAUAAGAAGGGCAAUAAUGUCUUACUGCAGCCCAAGUUAAUUCUGCCAUAGUCCAGCUGACCAAACUCAAGCCAAGAGAACAUCUCAUUUUUUUUUGUAUCUGAGAUGUAUCAGUUCCCUGCUGACUACAUACUGUCUCUUACUUGAGAUAGUCUUGAUAUCCUUGCCUUAACGCUUUCACCAGUGGGUACAAUGCAACAUCAGACCCCAUUCAGAGAUGAGGCUGUAAUGAAACCACAAUCUAGGAGCCCAAUCAUGCAAAUUGUUCUUGGUACUCGAGUGAGACGGUGAUAAAUCAGCGGAGCUGCACAAAGUCUGCCCUGUUGAUUCACUACCUACAAGAACAAAAGCAAAAAUGGGGUAGUGUAGAGAUAGGGCAGUAUGUGGCAAGUAGAGGACAUGCCGGCAUGAGUGCCAGAAAGCUGUUUGUUUAACUCCACUCUUGGACUCACCGUGAUAGUCCUUCGAGCACCCAGGCCUGCCUGGUUUAGCACUACCUUACACUUUCUCUUUUCAUUUGUAUUGAUGCAGUGUGACUGUAAAACACUACUAUCCUCAUCUGGAAAUGCUGAUGCCAUUUUGCACAGAUGUAAAUGGUCAUAGUGGGUGCAACGUUGUAGAGCACUGUGCCUCUGAGUGCCUUGUGUGUGCUUACAGAUAUGUCAUGGCAUAACUACAGAGGGAGAAUUAUACCAGCCCAACAGAAGUUCUCUAAAGUUCUUCUGAUACAGAAUAAAGUCUAUUUUGUUGACUUAUCGUAAUCUUCUGGUCUGUUUCAGCAGAGGUGACUUCUCAGGCUCCCAACAAAUCCAGUGACAUUUUACUCAUCCUAGUUGACAUUGUCAGAGUAGAUGAAACUUCUGCAUGUAAGAAAAUCUAAUCUGAUACAAGAAUGGCUUUCUUCCAGGACGACGAAUUAAGGUGUCACUUCAGAUGAGAUGUCACCUCCUAACUCCUCCCUGUGCAAAUGUGGUCAGAUUUCCUUCCUUAUCAUUCCAUAAAGUCUAAAUCCAUGAAAAACACAGGGUAAUUUACACUUAGGUCAUGUGUCACGUUUGAUUUUAGCCACGUAGUUUGUGGCCAAGUUGUUACUGCAGGUCUCACUUGAAAAAAAAAGUGUUAUCAGUGGAGUCUGUUCUGGGAAAAGUAAUUACAUAUGCAGCAGUCUUCUAAGUACUGUACUUAUUAAGAGAUGGGCAAUUUAUCGUACCUUUGGAAAAUUGAUGACCACUGUUGAUAGAAAAAAAAAAAAAGAUCAGUUUUGUUUAAGAACUUUGCAUAUUGCGCUAUUUGGGAAAAUAAAUGCUGAAAAACAAUUUCUUCAUAUCUGUUUUUAAAGAACAGGUAUCUGUCCUUCAUCCCCUCUGGACCAAAGUCUGACAUUGCAUUGUACCCUGUUAAAUUACCAGUGAUUUGAUGUUAUAAAACCUUUUUGUAUCCAGGCAUUAAUGAUCCUGUGGCACAGGAAGAAGACAGGGCAGUUGCUUUAAAUUGUUACUUUCUCUUUGUAGUGGUUGCUGUUUUGGUAUAAUUGGUACUAUUUUAAAAACUAACACUGAGAAUAAGUGUUUAAGAUGCUUCCAGUCAGUGAUGUUUGGCUUUUAUCCUUAAUAAGCUGGUAUUUAGAUCCUCCAAGCACAGCCCUAAGAUCUGUUUUAGGAGCUCCCCGGUGUCUUUAUUUUAACAACAAAAAAAUUCCCUUUUGUAGAAGAAAUGCCCAGUGAAAUGCUUGCAUGCUACAAACAUGGAGUUUUCAGGCUGAAAGAAAUGCAUUUCUUUUUCCAGUGUGCACAUGAUGCUUUCUAAGACCUGACUGACAAUAGCAUUCAAACUUAUUCAGCUGUAAAUUCUUCAGAGUUAGAGGCAGAACAGACUACUUAAUUCUGGUAUUCAGAGGUUUGGUGGUUUGUUUUCUUCAUUUUUUUGAAUUUUUGUGUGUGUGCGUGCGCGCGAUUUUUGUGUGUGUUUUUUGUAGUUGUCUGAGAGCGUAUCUGCCUCUGAGAUGUUACUUAGCCCACAGACACCAGAGAUUAUUAUCAGUGCUAAAGCUUGUUGCCUUCGCUGUGAGUUUGGCCUCAUUUAGCUGUUAGUGGGCAGCUGCACAGAACCUUGCAAAUACUGGUCCAAUUAAAGCACACCACUUAAACCGCCUGUUUUUACCUAAAAACCAGCCUGAUUUGAGCUAAGGGUAAAGUUGUACAGUAAAAAGAGUGGAUUUUCUUGACUCUUCUGAGGUUUACCAAGAUGCAGUUAACACCAGUGUCUGAAACUGGGGCAGACCUUCGCUGUAGGUAACACUAUUGAUUAUUUAGUUCAGACUCUUGGGAUACCAAAAUAGAACUUUGUUUUCAGAAUCUGAAGAGAGAGCAGUGUGUGCAAGGGGUGACCUGCUUUCAGUUGGUCCGCAGUCUGGAGAUUUAACUAGUGAAAGAGAAGAGCAAACAGCUAUACCUAAAUUCUUUGUAGGAUAUACUGACUUCCUAGUACUGGAUUAUAAUGUGUUAAUGUUUUCAUUGCCCUUGAUUAGAAGACAAUGAUGUAUUCUUGAAAUCCUUAGAACUGAGUCUCCUCUGGCUGGCUUAGGGAGGUCUGAUGUUUGUGUGUCAGCCAGUUCAGAAAGACUUCUUGUUAUGAUCCUUGAUAUAGUAUUAACAUUGACAGGGCAUGUGCAAUUCUCCUGGAAAUUCCCACUGCUUAAAAUACUUAAGUGGAAAGCAUCCAGCCUGAGGCAAGGAAUAGUCUCCGGGAUAGAUUCAGCUUCUGCUGCCUCAAAGCCCUGCUUAACUCUUUCUGUAGAAGCCAUAUUGGAACUUAAGUAGGGCAACCUCACCCAGGGUAAUUAUUUCAUAAAAGCCAUUAAUUUAUCUUAAAAAAUAGGAUAUUUUGAUUGAAAUCAUAAAAAUAUAUUAUUUCUUCUAUCUAUAAAUACAUAUAUUGCCUCAGGUAGUCACAAAAUAAACGCUUACUCAUUUUCUUUCAUUGGAGUGUCAUGUAACUAAGACCCCAGCUCAGUGAUAGAUGUAUAGAGUAUUUAAGUACUUUAUUUCUUUUCUUUCUGUUCACUCACUAGAAAAUAAGUUUCUUCUGGAUUUUCUUCCUAAGUCUUGUAAAAUCCUCUAUGAAAUCUCAUGCAUAACUGAAGCAGACUUCUGUAAUAUGUGCAGCAAGAUUAGAGGUUCUGCAGGUGGCCAUGCUCAGGCUGUAGCUACAAGGCUCUCAUUUAGCUGAAGAAGACUCAUAGAAGAAGGCUACCAGUAGCUUAUGUUCAUAGAUGCCACCAUCCUGACAAGUACACCUUUGUAUUCACGUGGCACAUAAUCACACAUUUCCCUAUAAUACUGUCAUAAAUACUUCCCUCCCCCUGCAGACAUACCAUGUCCAUUUCUUCUCUUUCUUCUCUCACUUAUCACAUUGUUUUUUUUUUUUCCUGUAGAGAACUGUGUUCUUUAUACUGGCUUCAGUGACAUUUUCUCAAAAUUGAUAUUCUUAGUUUUUAGAUUUGCCUUUGCUCAUAACGAACUGCUCUCAGAUAUCUGAAUUCUGAAGCAAGUCAAAUAUGACCAACAAUGUUCCCAAUUUUGUUGAAUACACAUUGAUAAAAUUUGACUGAGUUACAGGUUUUACCAAAUUAUAAGUUGUGUUGGGACGUAAAUUGAGAUAGAUUCCAAUUUAUUUGAAUUUAAUUUGAAUUUAGAUAGAAAUUCAAAUGUAGUUUGAAGUGCAUAUUUCAGUUAACAGCAGUGAACAAGAUCAUUAAUGACAGUGUUCGGGGGAAAGAGUAAAAAACUAUUACUAAGUCAAAUUUUGGGGUGAAGAAUCAUCACCUUGAGUGAUACGCUGCUGUCAAGGUGCUUUGUGACUACAGCAUUAAUUCUCUACACAUUGCCAGUAAUUCUGUGCUCCAGAAUCAUGUCUUUAUUUUUUUUUUGUUGAACUGAAUUUGUAAUUCUUCAACCUGAAAAUAAUUUAUUGAAAACAAGGGUUGAAGUAAUUCAGUGCUAGGCUAUGUUUCUCCGUCAGACUGGAAAUAUCACUCUUGGAGGCAUGCAGUGCUCCUCUUCCUUGCAUGGGGUUACUCUUUGAAACGGACAAAUUCAGUGUCUGCAUUAACACCCUUGCAGUUGGUCAUUGCCACUGAAUUGUCGCCUGGUGCCCUGGUUGUGCAGCCAGAAUUGGAAUCCCAGGAUUUCCUUGUUUUGACAGGGUUACAGUGACAGCUGUACAACAUUCAGAACUUCUGUUUCACACUUGUAUUGGUAGAAUUAUGGUAUUCCAGUACCUAAACGUGAGGAAAAUAUAAACACAUGGCAAAAGGCAAUGUAAAGAGCAUCAGCUGCAUAGCUAAUCUCAGUAAUUUCACUCAGUUAAUGAAAAGACUAUGUUAAAAAAAUCAGGUGAGGUUCUGGUCUGGAACUCUCCAUUUUGCACAGGAGAGCGUCACAGGUGUGUCACCACUGUUCUGCCUCUGUUUAGGUCACACCUUGGUCUCUCCCUUCCUUAUCCCAUUACUCUCCCUUCUGAACAUCUUCUUUUUUUCUUUUUUUUCUUUUCUUCUUCUCCUUCUCUUUUCCUUUUUCUCUUUUUCUCUUUUUCUCUUUUUCUCUUUUUCUCCUUUUCUCCUUUU